AUGGCACCAGCAUCAAACAACCUGAAGCGCAAGAAUCGCGAGGCCGACAACGAGAUUCCUACGGGAAAUGCCGCCAUUAAGAAGAAGAUAAGAGAUACAGAAAGAGCCCUUCGACGUCCAACCUUAACAGCCAAGGUUAGGCUGGAGCUUGAAAGAAAAUUGAAAGCUUUAAAUUUUCAUUCUUCGGAAAAACUUAUUGAUGACUUUGAACGAACGAAUGCGAAGAAGUAUCACAUGGUGAAGCAUUUUGAGAGGACCAAAGUCAACAGAAAGAUUAAGAAGGCUGAAAAGGAGCUGAAGGAAGCCAAAUCCGACGAAGAGAAGAAAAGUGCACAAAAAUUAUUGGAUGAAUUAAACAUCGAUCUCAACUACAUCAAUCAUUUCCCAAACACCGAACGUUAUAUUUCACUCUAUCCUUCCAGCGACUCUAACGAAGCAAGUAGUGCAGAGGCACGCAAGGAAAUCCGAGAUCGCAUAGGUGAAGCUACGAAGGAUGGUGAAUUUGAUGAAGAUACUGUUCGGAAACAUUACCGUAACAAAUACCGUGACCAUCUGGUUAAAUCUGGCAAGAUAUCUGCCAUUGAAGCCUCUGCGGACGAUAUUGCUGCCCUGAGCGGUCGAAAGGAAGAGGAGGAUCAAGUUAAGCCAAACAAGAAAUCUAAAACUGCCAAAGCAUCCAAAGAAAAAGCUGGUAAACCAAGUGUUGUGGAGAAAGCAGAUGUGGAACAGGAUGACUUUUUUAUGGCCGACGGUGACAGCGAUGACGAAGAGUAGUAUUUUUGAAAUUGCUCCGUAUUCCAUUCACCUCUCAUUUUCUUUGCAACUACCACUGUAGCACUGCAUCAGGGCCGUGCUAUGUGAGAUGGCCUACUUACUGUACAGAUAUUGCCCCCCUUUGUUUUUCAUUUGAUCAAAUAGAAGUUUUACAUAUUCCAGUCAAACAUUUUUGCCUAUAGCAUACACAAGCUUUAAGUGAUCACUCAAUAUUCCAUGUGCAAUUUGAAAUAAUAUGACUUUUUUUUUUGUUUUGGUCACUUUCUAAACAUGAUUGU